CUGCCCUGCGUCUGGUUCAGAAGGCUGAUUUUGAAAGUAAACAAGGGCUGCGAGGCUUAACUCUCCCAAGAAUGACAAGCUAUUCUAUUCUAGGAAACAGUUGAAAGCUCCAGAGGUCACCGAAGAACUAAACUGCGUUGUGGAUGCCUCCACGUAGCGGGGAUGCGGGCAGUUUCCACCAGAAGGGAGAAGGGAUUCCCUUUGUGAAGGAACUUCUGCACCUGUUGGCAUUCUAACGGGGCUUUCAGCCGAAGGACUGCUGGGUCCAGCUUUCUGCACUGCCAACCACGGGGAAGCUUCGUAUUUCAGUAACCAUCCUGUCGUUUGUCAGUUGGAAGAAGAGCCUGGGGACUCCCAGUGGAGGAAUAUCUACUCGCUUUUGUAAGAUCAAACAGUGAGACCGUCCUUGCUUUUUGCUGCAGAAUGUCGUGGCUUAAAAAGAAAAAAAAAUCUGUGAAAUUUGAACAAGCGGCCUUCUCAAGAUGUACCGAGUCUCUCAACUGAUGUCGACACCAGUAGCAAAUUCCACCAGGUCACACAGAGGACAUUCUGGAGAGCUGUCCCCCAAAUGCAUUUUCCCAAGCUUUGAUUGUGGCUUCCUGGAUGGAGACAGUUCGUUUGAAUGCUGCUCCGUAGACCCGCUGACAGGCUCCCACUAUGUCUGUCGCAGAAGCCCCCGGCUCCUCACCAAUGGCUACUACAUUUGGACUGAGGACAGUUUCCUUUGUGACCCAGAUGGCCACAUCACUCUGAACCCCUCCCAUACCAGUGUUAUGUACAAGGAGAACUUAGUUAGAAUAUUUAGAAAGAAAAAGAGAACCCACCGUUCUCUUUCUUCUCUCCUGGACCUCAGAGCCUCUAAAUCUUGGCUGCAUGGAAGCAUCUUUGGAGAUGUUGAUUCACUUCCAAGUGAGGACAUCUGGCUGGAGGGCAUCAGAAGCUUUGGAAGUGAUCUGGACGGUUCUUCCCUGAGUGAUGGAUGGGAGUCUCAGAAGCCAAUCACAGACACUUCAGAAGCCUCCUCUUCUGGCCACAUCCUGUCUCAGCAUCUCAAAGAAAGUUCUGAGAAUUCCUCUCUUCAGCCUCAGACAAGAACAUCAGGACAUUUCCCAGAGAACAUUUCGGUGCAUUCAAAAGCUGGUCUGAUGCAUAAGAUCUCCUUACAAGCAGCCCUGCUCACAGUGUGCUUAAUCAUUUCUGCAUGUGCCAGAUGGUUUAUGGGAGGAGAAUUAGCCAGCAUCUUUACCUGCACAGUGGUGAUCACAGCAGCUUACGUUGCAAAGCCACUGUUUCUCAGCCUUGCCAGAUAUUUCAAAGCCACCACCUGGGCUAAAUUUGACAGCCCUUGAGGAAUACCUGUAAUGAAUGUCUUCAGUCUGACUAUCUGGAAACACAAUUUGUAGUCUACUUGGAAUGAAUCAACCACUUUAUUGGAAGGGGAUGAACAAAAGGAUAACUGAGAAAAAAAAACUUUAAUUUGACCAAGUAAUUUCUUUCUAAAAAUCUCAAUUUCCACAUGUAACAGUAAUUGAUCUUGACAUCAAUAUUAAAUUUCUUUUCUUUCAUGAA